GUGGGAUUUUCAGGGAAGGACUCCAGGACCUCCGAAUUCUCAGGGAAGGACUCCUCCUCCGGCCAACUAUAAAUAGCCCCCCGGUUUUUCCAUGGUCCCGAAUUGCAAUGAAUCUGCUCCAGCACCCACUGUUCUCCCCCCAACCGAAUGUUUUGAUUCUCUUCUUCUCGCUUUUGAUUCGAGAUGACCAUCCUCAUUGAUCAGCCCGAGCUUGUGGUGGGGGAAGAGGAAGAGAAGGUCCUUGUGGAAGAAAAGGAGUUGGUACUUGACGGUGGUUUUCUGGUGCCAGACACAAAUUCAUUUGGCCACACGUUUAGGGCCUAUGAUGCAGAGAGUGAGAGGCAAUCAGGAGUGGAGAAUUUCUACAGGAUUAAUCACAUCAGCCAGACAUAUGACUUUGUGCAGAGAAUGAGGGAGGAGUAUGGGAAAUUGGACAAGGUGGAGAUGAGCAUAUGGGACUGCUGUGAGCUGCUGAAUGAUGUGGUGGAUGAGAGUGACCCAGACCUUGAUGAACCCCAGAUCGAGCACUUGCUCCAAACUGCUGAAGCCAUCAGAAAAGACUACCCCAAUGAGGAUUGGCUUCACUUGACUGGCCUCAUUCAUGAUCUUGGGAAAGUGCUGCUUCAUCCAAGCUUUGGGGAGCUUCCUCAGUGGGCUGUUGUGGGCGACACGUAUCCUCUGGGCUGCACUUUCGACGAAUCGAUCGUUCAUCACAAGUACUUCGAGGAGAAUCCAGACUACCACAAUCCAGCAUACAACACUAAAUAUGGAGUAUACUCAGAAGGAUGUGGACUCAACAAUGUUCUGAUGUCAUGGGGCCAUGAUGAUUAUAUGUAUCUGGUUGCCAAGAAGAACAAAACAACCCUGCCUUCAGCAGCACUCUUCAUCAUCAGAUAUCAUUCCUUUUAUUCUUUGCAUAAAUCAGGAGCAUACAAGCAUUUAAUGAAUGAGGAGGAUGCUGAGAAUCUCAAGUGGCUUCAAAUAUUUAACAAAUAUGACCUUUAUAGCAAGAGCAGCGUACGGAUAGAUGUGGAGAAGGUCAAGCCUUACUACCUCUCCCUUAUUGAAAAAUAUUUCCCAGCAAAACUGAGAUGGUGAAUUGGGGGAGAGACGAUGAAGUCUAUGAGAAAUACAGAACUAGGGCAAUGGAUAUGAAUCAGCUGUGGGCUUGUUAAUUAGAGAUUUAGAGUUCAGAUUACUGUUGGUGGUGGCUUGAUGUAUUAGUAUCCUGUACAUAUGAUGAAUGCAUGUAGCAUUUCUAUGGAAUAAUAAGAUCAGCUUCUGUCCGCACCUUAA